CUCCCACUGCGUUCUCAGACUCUGCAAUAAUUCUCUAGACUUCAUUAGUCCUGAGUGGGUAUUUCACUGUAAAAGUAAUAUGGGCAUGCCAUGGAAAACGAAGAAAAAGUUGACCCACCAUGCUGAUCCUCCAAAAGUUGAUGUGAUACAAUCAGAGUCUUCUUCCACUGGACCUUACCCAUCUUAGUUCAUAGUCUCAAAGUUAGGACUUGAGGUACUCAUAGAAGGAAAUCAACUAGAGCACCUUUAGCAUAAGACUUUAUUCAAAAAUGCCAGGCAUGAGAAGUUUCCAAAAGAGCAUUCUCACCUGAGGAAGAAGGCUAAGUCAAGCAGUACUUUUUAUAAGGAUUUCAGAGGAGGGAUGAGCCGAAGUUUAGCCAGUUUGAGGAAUAGUUCAAAGAUGGUUCUCAGAAACAGGAGGAAUUAUUGUUCUUAAGGAUGAGAAGCCAUUGUUUGUGAUUUUACCAAAAGGGUGAGGAGGAAGAGUUAGGGGCUAAAGUCACGUGGAAGAGAGGUAGAGAGGAACAUCUAAUGAGGGCAAGGACAUGCAAGGGCCACACAGGAAAUUUUGUCUUUUAGUGUCUUUUGCAGGGACCAAAGGCAACCCAGGUCUUCUGACUCCUGGCCAGACUUCUAUCUACAUCCCAUAGAUACCCCCAACCUUUCCUGCUUUGGUAGUGAUUGAGACAGAACCAUGGGUAUCCUGGACCCACUCAUGGAAGGAGAGGUUGAGAUAAGUGAAAUCCUGAAGAGCAAAAGCAAAAACUGGAAGAUUUUACAACUUUGCCCUAGGAAUGUGAUUUACCUUCAACAGGAACAGAGGCUGCAGGAGUUGAGUCCUGUGCACUGCUGGCCUGCAGCUACAGGUGAAGGCAGUUCUGCCAUUAGGGACUGAGAAAAGUCAAGGGCUCCCUCACAGGAGUUCCAUUUCCUGAUGAUUUAGCUCUGGAGGCAUCAUUGUAUCAAUAAUUGUUGUUGUGCAUCUAAUAUAACUCUUCUGAGCUCAAUCCUCAGAUUUUUCAGCUAUCAGCCUGAGUGGCCAUGCCUGCAGCCUCUUGUACCUCACCCCCCACUAGGGGCAAUCAGUUCUGUGCAUAUCAGAGCUCUCGGGGUUUUUUUCCUUGUUGUGCCUUUAAGAGCUGCAGGAAUGCAAAGAGAGUAUGGAGGAGGGGUUGGGUCUCCCAACAAGACUUCUGGGGAAAGGAUCCUGGGAGUUUUGGCCAGAAAUGAAGCUGAGAUUCCAACUCUGAGAAGUUGGGGGUGGUGUGUGUUGGGUCAGGCCUGUGAUUGGACUGCAGAGUUUACUAGCCAUGAGGAAAGCAAAAGUACAAGAGCUGGGGAAAGGGGAGAAGUCCUCCUUACGCCCACCCCAAUGCACCCUCACCCAGACCUAGAAGCAGGGUGCAGCCACUAGCCUCCGGAGGGUCAGUGCGUGUCCUGAGUGAUCCCAACAGAUGCUGGACCCAGGAAGUUCUCUACCCCAAGUCUGCCUGCAAGGCCUCCGGGGACCAGCUUGCCAACAGCUGGACUUGAUCACCAGCUUGCAAAGUGAGUCACAUCUGGUGGAAUAACAAGCGGACUUCGCUCUCCAGCUGUUUUUAGAGGAUUUUUCACAGCAGUGGCUAGAAAGCAGGCGACCACAACCUGGACCUUUGAGUCUUCUUUGAGAAGUACAGCACAGGUGUUUCCACCCCUGGGUGCUUUGCAGGACGAUGCUGGCCUUUCGGCAAGCUUCUGCUUUCCUGGUUCUGUUCCUCGCAGCUUUCCUGCCCGCGCCACACUGUGCUCAGGACCCAGCCAUGGUGCACUACAUCUACCAGCGCUUUCAAGUCUUGGAGCAAGGACUACAAAAGUGUACACAAGCAACAAAGGCAUACAUUCAAGACUUCCGUGAGUUCUCAAAAAACAUAUCCGUCAUGCUGGGAAGAUGUCUGACCUACACAAGUGAGUUUAAGAGUGCAGUGAAUAACCUGGCGCUGAGAGUCGAACAUGCCCAACGAGAGGUUGACUACCUAGAGUACCUGCGAGAAGCUGACAUGUGCAUCGAAUCAGAGGACAAGAUGCUGGCAGAAAAGCUAGUCCAAGAAGCUGAAGAUGAAAAAAAGAUUCGGACUCUGCUGAACGCAAGCUGUGACAACAUGCUGAUGGGUAUAAAGUCUCUGAAAAUAGUGAAGAAGACUAUGGACAGGGAUGGCUCUUGGAUGAAAGAUGCUGUCAGUAACUCUCCAAAGGUUUAUUUCUUAAUUGGAUCCAGAAACAACACUGUUUGGGAAUUCUCAAACAUGCGGGCACUCAUGGAGGACAGCACCAAGCCAGGUCCACGGAAGCUAAUCUUAACACAUUCCUGGCAGGGAACAGGCCAAGUGAUCUACAAAGGUUUCCUAUUUUUUCACAACCAAGGGACUCCUAAUGAAAUUAUCAAAUACAAUCUGCAGAAGAGGACUGUGGAAGAUCGAAUGCUGCUCCCAGGAGGGGCAGGCCGAGCACUGGUCUACCAGCACUCCCCAUCAACUUACAUUGACCUGGCUGUGGAUGAGUAUGGGCUCUGGGCCAUCCACUCCGGGCCAGGGAUCCAUGGCCAUUUGGUUCUCACGAAAAUCGAGCCUGGCACACUGGGAAUGGAACACUCAUGGGUCACCCCAUGCAAAAGCCAGGAUGCCGAAGCUGCAUUCCUCUUGUGUGGGGUUCUGUAUGUAGUCUAUAGUUUUGGUGGCCAUGGCCCCCAUCGCAUCACCUGUGUCUAUGACCCGCGGGGCACCAUCAGUGAGGAGGAUCUGCCCAACUUGUUCUUCCCCAGGCGGCCAAGAAGUCACUCCAUGAUCCAUUACAACGCCAGAGAUAAGCAGCUCUACGCCUGGAAUGAUGGAAACCAGAUCAUUUACAAACUCCAGAUAAAGCGAAAGCAGCCUCUGAAGUAAUGUAUUACGGCUAGGAGGGAGAACACCUUGGCUUUGCAAGCUGCUCUUCAGGACAUUGAGGCCACAGCCUCUUUGCAAUAUUGCAUCCCUCUAAUCACAUAAAGGGAUUGGGUCGAGAAGUCGGAGCACAUGUGCAUCCUCCCAGACACUGACGUAGAGAUCUUCCAAGAGUUGAGAUGAGAGUCUGUCAUUCAGACAUUUUCAACAACUCACGUUACCCAUCCAAACCUCCUGGCACUCAAGGCCUUCCGCAUUCUGAUCCAGCUUACUUCCAGCCUUUUCUUUUACUGGCAUUUACUUUAACUCCACCCCCAACCCCCAAGCAAUUAGAAAUGUAGGCCACCCCCUAAUACUCCUGGCUUUUCUUCUCUCCUCUGGCCUUUUCUCAAGCUCUUUCCUGUUUCACAAAUGCCUUUUGAUACUCUUCCAUUUUUACUGCCCAACUAAAAUACUAUUUCUUAUUGAUGUUUAAUCUGGAUUUCCUCUAACUCAACCUUUCCACCAAGCUAGGUAGAUAUAAUAAUAAGGUAAACACAUUAACAUUUGAAUACUACUUUCAAAUUACAAUGUGUUUGCACCUAUAUUACAUCAUUUAAUUCUCAUCUCAGCCUUGUAUGCAGGACAAGUCUUUAUAGUUGCCAUUUUAGAGAUGAGGAAAGCUUAGAUAAGCCAUUCAAAAUAACAGAGCUACAAAAUGAAAGAUAGGGCUAGAAAAUACUGCAAACCCCAGUUGUUUCAUUGCCCAAGGAAGCACCAGAUAUGCAUGUUUGUUCACUUAAUCUUUUAUAAGUAAUACAUUCAUCAUUUCAUUCUAAAAAUAAGUUUGCCCCUUUAGCCGCUUUUCAUGUCCACACAAGACCUUCCUAUAGCCCUUUCAGAAGAUGCUUCCUCCAGAAAACCAGCCUGAGGGUGAGGACCCUAUUUCUAGCCUCAUCUUGUCUUACCUUCCCCUAAGUCUCUCUUCUUGCUUGAAAUACAAUAAAAUUGACAUGAA